AUGUUAAUAUCCGACGGCAUCAAUCACGGGAAGUUACAAUCAAUUAUAGUUGGAGAACUGAAAAAAGCUGGAUUAAAACAUCGUUUGAAAAAAAUCAUCUUAAAAAAUGUUAAAGACCAUAAAGCUGUAUUUGGAGCUCCUUUAAUGAAAGUGCCAUCAUGUAGCGUAAUAUGUUGUGGUAGUACUCUAAGCAUUCCGAUUGUUGUAAGCGAGAUGUCAUCAAUUUUGCGAACUAAUGCUCACGUUGAGGGUUUAUUUAGGAAAGCUGGCUCUCAAACACGCCAAAGAGAUAUAAAGCGGCUCUUAGAUGCUGGGGGUUGUGUUUCUGAAGGUCACCACCCAAUAGAUGUUGCAAGUGUACUGAAGCUGUACCUGCGGUGUUUGCCUGAACCUCUAAUAAGUGCUGAAGUACAAGACCUGCUGUUACGAUGUAGGGUGACAGCUGGGGAUGACAGCCUGGUAUCAAUUCUUAACACAUUACUUCUAUUGCCAGUGCUUCAUGUACACUUGUUGCAUUAUAUUAUGGAGUUGCUAAAUUUCAUAGCUUCAAAACAUAGAGACAACCUAAUGGACUCUUCCAACCUUGCCAUAGUGCUGGCUCCUAGCAUCAUGCCGUUGCCCGCAUCCGCAAAUUCUCAGAGAUUAGAACACCAUGUAGCUAUUGUUAAGAUAUUUAUAGAGAACUCAAGACGUAUAGGCUUAUUGACAGAUGAACUAAUUAAUCAACUUGAUGAUGAUUCUGAUAUUCACGAGGCUAGACGAAAAAAAAGGAGAAGUGGUUCGUUGAAUCGCAUGUUAAAUGGCUUGCGAAAAAUGGUAUCUGGUAAUGUUAACACACCAGCAACUGUUAAAGAAUGUGAUAGAACACCUUUUCUAAAUAAAUCUGCUGCCAAACGAAAAUUUGAUACUUGUGAAGGACUUUCUGCUAAAAUAAAGAAAGAAAUACAAUCAGGACUUCCACAAAAGGAAUUAUCAUUUACUCCAAUGAAAAUGGGCGUCACGGACAGAAAACGUGUCCGACUUAGCAUGAUCGACAUAAGGAAUACUCCACAUCAAAGUACAGAUAUAAAUUUGCAUAAAAAUUCUGAAACAAGUACAAGUAGUGAAAAUGUGUUCACUUCCUCUGAGGAGUUAUUUAAUCCACAUGACACAAUAGAUCUUUCAGCAGAUAUGAAACAAUCUGAUAAGGAUUAUGUAAGAAUUUCUAAACUUGAAUAUGAAGAGAUUAAGAGCAGAGUAUCAGCUAUAGAGAAUAGGCUAUCAAGAGAGUUUACAGAUGUCAUUCCAAGAGUUCAACCAUUACAACAAGUACAGAAUGUUUAUGAGCAAACAUUGGAGGAUGUAGCUAUGUUAAAUUGUGCAGGCUCUGAACACCUCGCUCGACGUCUUAGUAAAGAGCUUAAAAUUAGACCUAAAGAAGAGACAAAAAUAAUCAGAUCUCCUAGUGCUAGAAAAAUCGGUUCAAUUAGACGUCGGUCAAAAGAGAACCUAACCAAAAUAGUCCGUCAUAAAUCAUGGAAUGCAUCCACAUACCAAGCGAGUCAUAUGGACAGAUUUUAUCCCUAUGUUAAUUCAAAUGAGAUAAACAAAACCAAUGAAGACAAAUAUAUUGAUAGCAAAAAUAAUUCUGAUUCUAACAUAUCAGAUGACUCUAUUCACAACGUUUCCAGUUCGAGCCAGAAGUAUCGUAUGCGCAAAAGAAUAAGUUUAGCAACAGAAUAUGGAUCAGACAGAACCACUAUAAAAUCGCGGUGCCUAUUACCGCGACGGUCGUUAAAUCUUAGUUUUAAUAAAAGUUCCGACACCACGAUCGGCAACACAAUGAGACCUGGUCAUAAAACAAAAGCCAAACACAACCAGUACAAUGAAAGCAAUAAAUUAAAUUCAUGUAAAAUUGCUCCACCAAAUUCUCAACAUAAGUGGAAAAGUGCUGCAGCAUUUUUUCUAGAGAAAACUGGUGAAUUAGAUGGUAGUACUUCUGGCCGUCCAUCUGUUAACAAGCUAAGAAAACAAAAUGCUGGUGGUGUUUUAGCAAAAGCGAAACUUUUUGAAUCAAGUUCUGAUAAAUCAUCGGAGAAGACUGAUAAAAUACAAAACACAGUGUUUGCUAGAAAACCUCGGCUUCAAAAUCAAAUUAAGUCUCAAAGAACAUUAUCUCAAAUUCAAACAACUAUUCAAACAAAAUUAGCAUUUAAUGGAAAUACAGAGCCUCAAACCAUUUACAAAAACAAUGUUAACAAAGACACUGCUUUUUUAAAGAGACACUAUAAUAGAUGUAACUUAGUGCAGUCCAAUGAAGAAUUUAAUACUCAUUUAAAAGCUACACCACCAUCAAAGAGCAUUACUUCACCACAAUCAAACACAAAGACUCCACAUGCACCAGCAUUGAGAAAACCAUUGUGCCCCUCUAGGACAUUAAGAACACCUGUAGCAUACUGUGAACAGAAAAAAAAUACCCCACUUAAAGCAGUGCAUGUAUCCCCCAAACGGCGAUCUCCACGUCACAGAAUUCAUCGAUCUCAACAGAAUGUUUAA